UGAACUUAUUCCGAACGAUUCGAUUCAACUCCAAUCUAUAUUAUUUCAUUUUCGCAACAUGUCCUUUAAGCCAAUUGAUCCGAAACGCGAUGAGAUACGUCGCUAUCUGGAACGCGGAAGCGUUCUCGAUUCACUUACAAAAAUAUUUAUACGUGUAAUUAAGGAGCGCCCAGAAAACCCAAUGGAGUAUAUACGAAACAACAUUGGCGUGGUGCGGCAUCAGCACGAUAAAUAUGAACGCCUAUCACAGGAUCUACAGGAGGCAAACGAAGAAAUCCAGCGUUUGCGUGCCAUUAUAAAUAGCAUUAACCCAGAGGUGCUGCAGGGACAGAGUCAGCACGCUGCCGGCGAAUCCGAUUCCGAGCCAGUGACAGUUGCCGUGCAAGUUGAGGACUCUCUCGAGUCGGAGAUCACGCAAGAAGUCAAACAGGGUAUACCUGAAGUAAACAAAGUAGAAAAUGCAGCAGUUGACAAAGCCGAUAAGGAGUUGAGCGCAGCCUUAGACGAUUGCCACAUUGAAGAAAACAACAUGGCUGCCGGCAAUACGACCGAAAAUACAAAGCACAGCAUAUCCGUCCAAGCUGAACCCGGCCACACUGAUAAUACCGAGUGAAUCAUUAUACUAAAUUGCUAAGCUCACAUAAGGCAUACCAUUAGAAUGGAUUCUCGUAGAAAUGUUACCAGUUUGUAAGACUAAGAAGUGUAAGGUAUUUUCCUAAAUAUAAAUAAAACUUGUGUGGAGGCACGCAAAUUCCUUAAA